AGAAGAAGAGUUUUUAUCUAGAAGAGUCACACACAAUUCCCAUUUCUCUGCAUCUUCUUUCUCUAAUUUGCGCAUUUUUCUUCCGCUACUGCUUAACCUACACACACUCUCUGCUUAUCCUGUGCACCCUCAAUUUUUAAUGGCGAUAACAAAGAAGAAACGUAAGAGACUAGUAGAAGAAGAAAAUCAAACGGAAAAAGCUAGAAGAAAGCUUUUAAUCGGAUCUAGAGUUGAGGUUAGAAGUCUUGAACAAGGGUUGGCUGGUUCGUGGCAUUGUGGUACAGUCGUUGCAUGUAGGUAUUUCUGCCGUGUUGUCCAGUAUGAUCAUCUUUACUUGGAUGACGAGGGUUCAGAAAAUCUCAAAGAAAUGGUUCAUGUUUCUCCGUUACUUGAAGGAGUCUUGCUACCAAAAGAUUUUAAUUAUCGUGGUAUAAUUAGGCCAAUUCCUCCUCCUUGUGAAAAUGUGAACGGCGGCGGUCUAAAUUUUGGACUCUGUGUUGAUGCAUUCAUUGAUAAUGCAUGGUGGGAAGGUGUAAUUUUCAGUUUCGAAGAUGAAUUAUCAGAAAGAUUAGUAUUCUUUCCUGAUUUUCCAGAUCAAAAGAUGAUAAAAACUGACGACUUAAGAGUAACUCAGGAUUGGGAUGAAGCCGAGGAAUGCUGGAUAGUAAGAGGGAAAUGGAAGUUCCUUGAAUUGAUUGAGGAUUAUCCAAUUGCUGUGGUUAAAGCUGCACAAAUCUGGCAUGACCUAAAGCAGAAGGAAGGCUUCAAGAAUAAUAUCAAAGAGUGGACUUGUAAUGUAACGUCAGUGUGGGUUGAUUUGGUUGUUGAGACUGUUUCUCAGAAUUUGGAUAUAUCUUCUGAGCUUAUUUAUAAACUUAUAUCAGAGAAAACUGGUAAUUAUUCAGUUAAUGACGACGAGGAAUGCGGGAAAAACCGUUGGUGUUCUUGUGAUAAUGAAGAAGCUGUUACCAUGCAGAUUCAGGAUUUGUCGGUUUCCCGUUCUGACGACUUGAAGCUAUUAACAAAAGAUGUUACUAGUUCUAGUUUGGUUCGUGAAAUAGAUGAUGGUGCUCAGGAAGGAAUGGAAGUUGUUGUAUAUUCGGAUGAAGGUUGUCUUCCCACUUGUCAUACGGCAAAUGAAGAAGAUGAGGCGCAAGGUGUUGGAACUGUUGUUGAAUGUACUGUAAAUGGUUCCUUGAGUGUUGAUGAUGAUGACCAAAUUUAUGGUGAGCCUAGGCUUAAACGUCUUACAAGUAUCGGGUCAAGUCAGAAAAAAAUACUGACACCUGCAGAUUCGGGAUCAACAGAAAAACUGAUGUGGUUACCUGUUGGCACAGAUGUACUUCCUGAAGCUAAAUACUUCCCUGAAGCAUUAGAAGAGUAUUUAAAUCGAGAUUUAGUGAAAGUAAAAAACAAUGAUUCUCGUGCUUGUGAUUUACGAUUAAAGGCUAGGAUGCAUCUUUCUUAUAUGGGUUGGACUAUCGAGUAUAGAAUGAGACCAAAUGGUAAAAGGGCUGAUUUACGUUAUAUAUCACCAAAGGGGGGGACACCCUUGUAUUCGCUUCGUUGCGCAUGCCUGCAGGCUAUAGAAUUCCCCAGUCGUCGGCAGGUUCCUUUGUCCAUGAUCUGCCGAGAGGAUAAAGUCGGUGCUUCUACUCCUGUUCUUUGUCUGGAACCAGAGCCACUUUAUUCAGACAAUUUUGGAAGUGAUAAAACACCUCAUACUCGUCGCAAGUUGAAUGUACAUGUUGAACCUGAAUAUUGCCCUCAAGCUGUGAGAGAUUAUAUGAAUGGAUAUCAGUGUAAUGAAAGGCGCUUGAGAAAUGGUAAAAAUGUAAAUCACUUGCGUGAAAAAGUAAAGAAGCACCUCUCAGCUGAAGGUUGGACUUUCUCUCUGCGUUUUCUGAAGGAUAACCGGAGAGAUUUUCGUUAUACUAGUCCAAGUAGUUCUGUGUCAUAUAAAUCUCUUGUGGCUGCUUGCGAAGGAUAUGUUAAAGAGGUAGCUGAGUUUAUGAGUCCAUUCAGUCAUGAUAAGUUCCUUACUACUAUUAUGCACCCUGAGGUUUUGAGGAUAUGUUAUACCAAGCCAUCUGGCUCGUUACAACAGCCAAAAGUGAAUCCAGAAGUUGGCAUUAUACUGGAAAAGAUAUCCAGGGAUGAGCAACUGAAGAAAACAACAAACGGUUAUUCCCCUCUUAGUGAAGAAAAUUCGAUGAGAACAAAGGUGUCUAGAACUCAAUUUGGCAAUGAGUGCAAUUCAAACCACCUUCCACGUUCAAGCAAAAGGGCACGACAGGUUGUGGCACCGAGGUCCGGACAUUGCAGCCCUCGAACUAUUGUCAAUUGGUUGAUUGAGAAUGAUGUGGUUUUGCCAAGGGAAAAAGUAUGUUACCUGAGUGUAAGAGAUGACUCUGCAAUUGGACAAGGAAAGAUAAACCCCAAUGGAAUUAAGUGCAGUUGCUGCCAGAAUGUUUUUGGUCUGUAUAAGUUUGGACUUCAUGUUGGUAGCAGUUACACCCCUCCAUCAGCCAGGAUUUACUUGGAAGAUGGAAGAUCGUUGUUAGACUGCCAGAAGCAGCUCCAGGAGAAGUGCUCAAAUAUCUAUGCUCAAAAAAAGGAUCUGGUGCACAAAGGGAACGAUGAAAUAUGCUCAAUUUGUCACCAUGGCGGUACAUUGUUGUUGUGCGAUCAAUGCCCAUCCUCAUUUCACUUGAAUUGCCUUGGUUUAGAGGAUGUGCCGGUUGGAAAUUGGUUCUGCCCAUUUUGUCGAUGUAGAAUAUGCGGCCAGCAGAGCAAGCUUGACUGUGAUUCUGAAGAACAUCCCACUGAAAAGAAAGUUAUGCGCUGUGAUCAGUGCAAUCAUGAAUAUCACGUGGAGUGCGUUGGAGAAAGAGGAUUGAGUAUGCAGGACCGUAACAACCAGAACAGUAAUUGGUUUUGCAGUAUAAGAUGUGAAAAGAUUUAUGCAGGUCUCCACAAACUUUUGGGAGAAUCCGUUCCAGUUGGCAAGGAUAAUUUGUCAUGGACUAUAUUAAAAUCCAAAAAUGAUGCUCGUCAACCUUUUGUUCCAUCUGAAAUUAAGCUUGCGAUGGAGUGUCAGAGCAAGCUUAAUGUAGCACUCGCGAUAAUGCAUGAGUGUUUUGAGCCCAUUAAAGAUACGAGGAGAGAUCUUAUUGAAGAUGUUAUUUUCAACAAAACGUCAGACCUGAACCGAUUGAACUUUUGGGGAUUUUACACCGUAAUUUUGGAGCGAGAAGAUGAGCUCAUCUCUGUUGCAGCUGUCAGGAUACAUGAUGAAAAGUUUGCAGAAGUACCGCUUGUUUGUACGCGUGUCCAACAUCGUAUGCAAGGGAUGUGCCGAACUCUAUUUAAUAUUCUUGAAGAGAAGCUCGGACAAUUAGAAGUGGAGAGAGUGAUUUUACCUGCUAUACCUCAAGUGCUACAGACAUGGACUACUUCCUUUGGUUUCUCUAGGAUGACAAAUUCUGAGAGAUUAGAGUUUCUACCGUACACUUUCCUAGAUUUUCAGGACACCAGAUUGUGCCAGAAAUUCUUAAGGACGUCAUCUGUAUCUAUGAACCCAACAGCAGAAGUAUCAAAUGAAUUACUGAGAGAAUCAAAUGCAGAUGGGCAACAGUCGGCCGGUACAUGUACUCAUGUAGAUACUCUUGCUGCUACAGUAAUUCAAGCAGAACGACUUGAAUGGAGUCAAGUUGCAGAGCAAGAGCUAGUAGUAGAAGUUGGCGCAAAAAGUGUUCCUGGUUUAUUAGUGGCUGCUCGUCCUCUCGAUGUGACGAGGACACUACAAGAUGAGUCUGACCGAAAUUGGAAAAACUGUGAGCCAUGCAUUGCUGAGAGUUUCUUGUUGGAUGAUAAGCCACACGAGUUCUACACACGAAGGAAGAUGUUAGGUGCUCAUGUAAAUACCGCUUCUGCUGCAGAGACGUCAGACCAAUUAACUAUACUGCAUAUUGGUGGAUCCCAUUCUUGUGAAGAUGUGGUCGAGGAAGAUAGAACAGAUACCUCUAAUUCACAAGAAUUAGGAUUGAAAAAGAAACGAAAGAGGCUCGAGGCUUCCUCAAGUGGUACAGUUAACAAAUUCUUAAGGGCAUCAAAUGAAGAUGUUGGCACAUGUGCUGUACAUGCAGCUACUCGUGCUUCAGAAGAAUCAGAAAAACGAACACCAUACGUCAGUCAUGACCCUUGUUGUCAAGAUGUCUCCAAGGAAGGUACAUCCGCAUCUCCUUCUUCAGAACAACUAGAAAAACCAACAUCCUUUAUUGGAUGUCAAGCUGCGUCUGAGAAAGGUACAGGUUUGGGGUUUUCCCUCCUUGCAGAUGAUUUCAUGAUAGAUAGUGAUGGAGAGGGAACUGGUACGACGGUGGUACUGGAAGAUGAUUCUGAAGAUGAUGCAGUUGAAUCAGAAGUAGUGAAUCUUGAUUGUGGAACUGAGGAAUUAGAGAAGUCAGAUAGUGGUGAGAGUUUUACACAGUUAGUGGAUGAUUUGAAGAGACAAGGUUUUGAUGAGAGUGAUGGAGAGAUAAAGGGUAUGACGCUGGUACUGAAGGAUGAUACUCCAACGAGCUGCUUUAAAAAGAGGCGACUCUAUUCACCCUGUGAACCAAGUAUGAUGGACGAUGUUGUUUUGGAUACCGAUACACCAGCUGAGAAUUUCACUUCAGGAUCUUUAUUGAAGAGCUGUAUGUCUGAAGCUGUAGCAUUACUAGGGUCUUCUGAGGCUGCUACUUGCAUUGAGGCAGAGAACAUCUUCUAUGACGACGAUAAUGAGAUGACUGAUACCUUUAGAGAACCAAUUUCAGUCAUUAGUGCCUGCGAUGAAAAACAGAAUAUGAAAGAAGGUAGAUAUGCCAGAGCUCUUUCAGUAGUCAAGAUGCUUUCUUAUGGGGAUACUUCAAUUUCGAACGAUUUAGUGUGCUUCAACAAUAAUGACAUUGUCGAUGGAGUGAAAGAUUCUUUGCCGCGUGCUUCCAUACAUGAACCUGCCGGGUUAAGCUAUUCUGCUGAUUCACAUGAUGACUCUGGAAAAUGGUCUGAAAGCAAUGAUAUGGUGGAUAAGUUUCUGUCACUCAAUGACUCUAACCUGUCUCGAGAAGUGGUUCCGGAGAAGACUAUCAAAGAGAUUAAUUUUUCUGCGUCAAGGUUAAAGGGUACUUGUGAGUUGGCUAAGAGAAGAACUACUGGGAGUCCAAUUAGAGACAUUAGUAUCUUUGAUUUCAAUAUGCAUGAUACUCCGGGAAAUGGGGAACCUGGUAGUAUCUCCUGUAAGAGUGAAGCAAAGGAUGGAAAUGGUAUGAGCCUUGCCAGAAGAAGACUUAUUUUAGCUCCUUCGGACUCCAGGUUAAUGUCAGAUGAGCUGGAAGGAGCAAGACAGAUCGCAGUAACUUCUGAGUUGGAGAGCAAUAUCAACAGUUUGAACUUCAAUUUGCAUGAUGCUGGUUUUGAUUCUCCCCUGCAAAGAUGUAAGAGUUUCCGUGCUUCCAAGAUCCCAGCUGAACCUUCUAAAAUCAGCAACGAACUGUCGACUUUUGUUAGUCUUGAGAGAGCAAUCGCCUCUGUAAUGGCAGAUGUUGCUCCUGUACACAUUCCUACUUCAGAAGAAUCAGAACAAGCAACACUUCCAUAUACAGGUCGAACUCUAUCUGAAGAAGAGGACACAUUGACCACCUCACAAGAAGAACUGGUGAAGGAGCAGAAGAAACGAAAGAGGAUUGAUGAGGCAAGUAAUACUUCAGCCGCUGGAAAACUUGAUUACCUUAUUGAAAUAAUCGGUAAACAUCUUGAAGGGAAAGAAGAUACCUUGAAAAGGCGCGAAAUUGCUUUGGAGAAGCAACAAGUUUCUUUGAUGAAGCUGCAAAUGGACUUGGAGAAGCAAAGGAACUUGUUGGAAAAGAAGUCGGGUCUUGCAGAUGGUCUUAUUAAAGCACUUGCUGGUUUGAAGGAUGUUGGUCGUAUCUCUGUGAAUGAAGCACUCAAGGAGGUCGGUUAUAAAGCAUCCGAGCUCAUCGGUUGACAAAAGCUGCUUGUGAAUAAUUGUUGAAGUAGAUGCUGUUGUGAAUGUCCAUGGUGAUGGUUACAGAUACUUGAAAUGUUGGGUACAAUCUUUUUUUGGUUCCGAACUACAAUAACAAAAAAAAUGUAUCUCCAAAUUUUGAUGUAGUCUUAGUCUAUCUGGAGAUAUAUUGUAGUAUGACCAGUCGUGUCCUUCAAUUUCUUGAUUGUAAAUAAUUUAUCUGAAUUCAUAUAGUUUUCCGGUAUCCGGCAGCGGUAUUUUGGUUACAGGACCUGGAGAUUUCAGAAGUUCAUGGUAAUGCUGUGAAAAACAAGAUCGCCGAUGUCCGCUACUAAACUCCGGUGACCGCGGAGAAGAGGAAAACAUUCUCCCUGUAUCCUUGAAUGAGGAAGCGCUAGGACAUUUUGAAGCCAGC